ACAAUGGACUUAGAAUGUAGUGAACAUGAAAUAAGUAGUACAAAAGUACCACAAAGUAUUCAAGAAUGCUGUGGAAAUUGUGUGAGAAUUUUAUGUUUUAAACAAAUAGUUAACAUAUAAAAUAAUAACAUUAGUUAUAAUGGAACUGAUAAAAAUAUUUCCACUUUAUACAAUAAGGUGAUUGAAAGUGAAAAAAAUUGUAAAUUAUGUGGAAAGUCAUUAUAUCAAGGAAAUGAAAUGAUUAUGAAGCAAUUUAAAUUAUGUUCAGAUUGUUAUCUAAUUUCUUCUGAAUUGAUAGAAUCAACCUUGGUUAAAAAACAAAUUUCAAUUUUUUACUUAUCAUGGUGGGAUAACAAAUCUUGGUGUGAUAUUUGUGAUUCAGGGUUAACAUUUACAUCAGACUGUCAAAAGUAUUGUGCAAAAUGCUUUAUAUUUUAUGUUGGAUGCAGAUAUUGUUUAACAACAAACAUUCUUUUUGGACCUAUGGAUCAAUCUCAAUGUAAAAAAUGCAAAAGAAUAUCGCCCAUAAAUAGUGGUCUUGAUGAUUUUCUUUUUAAUAAUAAUCUUGUAGUAUGCAAUGGGUUAGAUUAUUUGAAGUUAGCUGAAUUUGAAAAUAUUGUAAAAAACAUUAAUAAGUAUUUUAUACAACGGGAAAUAUUAGAGUCUAUAUUUAAAGAAAAAAAACAAGCAAAACAAAAUAAGUGGAUACCAUAUUCUCAAUUUAAAGAUGUAAAAGAAAUGACAAAGGGGGGAUAUGGUAUUAUAUAUAAAGCAACUUGGUCAAAUAAUAAAAAAAACAAAAAUGAAACUGUCAUUUUAAAAAGAUUUGAAAAUUCUAAAAAUAUUGGCAAAUAUUUCUUAAAUGAGUUAAAAUCAUGUGAUCAUUGUUUUAAGGACAAAGGGUGUCAUAUCAUUGAAACUUAUGGCUUUACAAAAGAUCCGGAAUUAGAGGAUUACAUAUUAGUUAUGGAAUAUGCAACAGGAGGGGAUUUACAUAAGCACUUACAGAAGGAUUUUGCAAGUAUUACAUGGAAUAAAGAAAAAUUACGUAUUUUACAUCAAAUUUCAAUAGGACUUAAAACUAUUCAUAAUAAAAAGUUUAUACAUCGAGACUUCCAUAGUGGAAACAUAUUGUUUGAUCCAAAAGGUAAUAGAGUGUUUAAUGAUGAUUGGGAAAUUGGAGAUCUAGGAUUAUCACAAGCUGUAAAUAGUAAAUCAUCAAAUAAUGAAGUAUAUGGAGUAAUACCUUAUAUUGCACCGGAAAUAUUUAGAGGAUCCGAAUUUUCUAAAGAAGCUGAUAUUUAUAGUUUUGGUAUGGUUAUGUGGGAACUUACAACGGGUUGUAAACCUUUUGAUAAUGUUAAACAUGAUCAUCAUCUUAUUUAUAAAAUUCUUGAUGGAGAACGACCUAAAAUUACAGAAGAUACACCAGAAUGUUAUGCUAAUUUAAUGAAAAGUUGUUGGGAUGCUGAUCCAAAAAAAAGACCU